GUAUGCAACCCGUUCUUGUAAAUAGUCGACCAUUACGGGUGAAAUCGCACGAAUCCGAGUCAAAACUCAAUUUAAUCGAGCAAGAAGACCAGUUUGAAGGCGCAAAUUAUUCAAGCUCGUCUGGUGUCAUAAUAUGCUAUUCGAAUGGUACCGGAGAGGUUAUUACGCAGGAGGCGUUUGAUGAUUCCGGCAUUCAUUUUAUCUUCUCAAAAGCCACGUGUAUACAAUAUCCGUCAAAUUUCGACCCAAUCGGUGUGGGAUCCGUCGUUCAGAUCUUCUGGAGCCGGAGCUUCGAACGGGUGGUCCGCGGGAAUCAUAUUAUAGUGCAAAUCGAGAAAAUGGAGGUUUAUAAGUGUUGUGCAAUGCUCCGCGAGCAGGUUUUCGUCACAUUCAACUCCCCGUCGACUGCUGGCGUCGCAAUUGGAGUCACCGAACGAAAUAUUACUGUAGCUUUCCAUCCGAACUGCUCGCCUGUUAUUCGCUACGAGACCUUAAAGGCGCAUAGCAUUGGACGCACCGAAUUCGAGAUUAAAGAUAGACACCGAGAGAACACGAAUCGAAUGGUGGACGUUAUCCUGGCGGCAGUACCAUUCCGCGUCGAAAUCCACGGAAACGUCGAUAAAAUCCCAUUUUUCGUCAUUGAAAAGUGCCGAAAUUCGCCGGGCCGAUCCGGCGCCGCUGUCAUCACAAAAAUUAUGAAAAAUCAUUUUAUGGAAGCGAAUUUCCUGCAAAAUUCCGAAUCGAUCUACUUUGAUUCGACGUCUUGCCACUCGAAUAUUCUCGAAAAAGUCAGCAUUGGCUCACUGAUUAAUGUGCUUGCCGACCCCACAUUUGCCACGUCAUCAUACAAAUGGUAUGGCUAUGACGUCACUCUGUGUAAUAAUUACCUCGCCCACGCCAGCACACAGAGAAGCUUUGUACUGGAAAAUAAUGAGAUUCUGCAAAAUUGUAAGAAGCUCGAAAAAUCGCCGGAAGAAGCGGAAACCACUACGAAAAAUGAUUUGAGAUUUGUGCCACCGCAGCCGGAAAAGGGAGAGGUUAAGAAAAAAAAAAUGACGAAUUGCCUGAAAUUCAACUCGAAAAGUGCUCAAUUCAAGCUCCGACAUCUCAUCCUCGACAGAUGCUUCAGCGAAUUACCGGAACGCGAGGCCAAAUCGAUUAUCAACUCGUAUUUUAUCGAUCGACUUGCCGAGGGCAUAAAAAUCGAGAAAAUCGACAAAAAUUGGAGGACAUUUGGUGAAAUUUUGCCGAAAACUCCAAAAAAGUACAGCGAAUCGCUGAAAAAAUCGAUUCAAAACGUUUUGGAACCAUUUGGCCUCAACAAACCGGAAAAAGCAGCGGAAACUCCAAAAAUUGUGGAAUAUUUCCCGAAAAAUCCGAAAAAACGUGUGGAAAUCGUUGAAAAACCGACGGUCGACGAGAUUCGCGAGCUCUUUGGAGCACUUAUGGACGCGGAGGGUUUUGCGUUGAAUCAACGUGUGAAGCCGCAUUUCGUGCUACCCGAUACUCGCUGGAAGCCCACAGAACGGAGAUAUAUUGGAAUCUACGACGACGUGCAAUGGACGUUUAUGAGCACAUUUUGCCCGAAAAUCGAGGAAAAUUCCGAAAAUCGACCGCUCGCCGGCGGGUGGUGGUACCGGCGAACCGUCCCACGGGACCAUCCCGUCGAAAUUGUGCAGAAAAUGGAAACUCGGCGGAAUAUUAUCAAAGAUUGUACAGAAUCCCCGUUUAUUGAAUGAAAAACUAACUCGUGUGAAUUUAAAAAAAAAAUAUAAAUAGUUUUAUCGAUUUUUU